AUGAAAGGUCAUCCUCGCCAUCAAUGCGGGGUCCAGCUCGAGUCAAGAUCUCCGUCUACUCCGCUGAGUUCCAGCAAAAAGCCCCGCCAAUUCGCGGAAACGCAGAUCAGCGGAUUGACAGCCCCGCCUGCCCAAUUAUCGUACACCCGGAAUGGCGUCACCGUCAAGAAGUCCGAGAAGCUGCAAGAAGAGCAGGUCAAGAGCCAGGACGACGCUUUCAAGCUUCUCCUGAAGACGUUGAUUGAAGAUCAGGAGCUGAAGGAGAUUCAGGCGAAAGACGACAUUGGCAUCACCAGCCACAGAAUCGUCCAUGGGGGGGACUACACGGCUUCCCAAAUCAUCACGCCCGACACGUACCAUCACCUGGAGAAGCUCAGUGACCUCGCGCCCCUGCACAACGGUGCCGCCCUGACCAUUGUCAGGUCUUGCAUCGACGAGCUCCCCGACGCGGUCAAUGUGGCCUGUUUCGAUUCUCAGUUCCACUCUACUAUCCCGGAGCACAUUCGCACGUAUCCCAUCAACAUCGACGUUGCAAAGAAGAACCAUCUCCGGAAAUAUGGCUUUCACGGCAUCAGCUAUUCGUUCAUCACGAGGUCUGUGGCUGAUUUCCUGAAGAAAGACGCCGCCGAUCUCAACAUCAUCGCGCUUCAUCUGGGCAGCGGCGCCAGCGCCUGUGCCGUUAGACAGGGCCAGAGUUGGGACACCAGCAUGGGCUUGACGCCCCUCGCCGGUCUCCCCGGCGCGACGAGGAGCGGAAGCGUAGAUCCAAGGUACGUCGUGGUCUCCCCACCUUUCCGUAAUCGCAACCCCGCCCCCCCCCCCCUCCCCUGUAGAGAGUUGGGGACAAAGAAGAUAGAGAGGCGGGAAGUUUGGGGGGGGGUGUGGCGCGGAUAA